UCUUUACUUUUGUCUCCGCAGCCUCCAGACCCAGCCCUCAAACCCACCCACCGCCCAGCGUCUCUUUUCCACGAAACACAGCAAGAAUGUCGGGUUCCUCUAAUCUCGUAGCCAUGAAAAAAGUCGUACAGCAGCUUCGUUUCGAGGCGAGCAUAAACAGAGUGAAGGUCUCCCAGGCAGCUGCAGACCUCCAACAGUUUUGCAUGCAGAACGCCUUGCAGGACCCUCUGCUUACCGGUGUGUCCUCCAGCACCAACCCCUUCAGGCCGCAGAAAGUCUGCUCCUUCUUGUGAAAACCACUGUGCUCAUCGGCCUUCAUUUUGAUGCUACAGG